GUCCUCCUCCCGCACGUGGGCAGUCGGGUCCCCGCGGUGCGGCCCGCCCCUGCCCUCAGCCGGGCCGCAGUGCGCGGGCGCCGCUCGGCUGCUCUCGGGGGCGCUCGUUUCUCCGCCGGAGCUCGUCUCACCCCGCAGCCGCCGGGCAUACGGGAACCGGCGCCCCCGGCUCCGGCCUGGGGGAUCAGUCGGAUGCUCUGGGCCGGGACACAUCCCAGCCCAACACGGCGCCCGGUUCUGCCCCGUGUAUUUUCGGAUCAAAUCCACUGUCAACAUAGUCUUCGCAAGCUCCCCACCGACGAGGUCUGUGCGCCCGCCGCAAAGCCCAGUGACCCGAGCACGGUUUCGUCUGCGACGAGCUGAUCGGCAGCAACCGCCCUUUUCUCCUCCUCCACAGGCGCCCGCGGGGUCCGACUGCUCGUGAUGGAGAGCGGGGGGCGCCCCUCGACAGGCCAGGUCAUUUUUCUGGUCACCAGUUCGGCGCUCACGGCGAUUCUGUACUCGGUUUACCGGCAGAAAUCCAAAGUGGCCCAUAGCCUCAAGGGAGCAAAGAAAGUUAAUCUAGACCAAGACUUGAAGAAUAUCCUUAGGGAAGCACCAGGAAAAUGUGUUCCAUAUGCCGUUAUUGAAGGUGUUGUACGCUCUGUUAAAGAAACUCUCAACAGCCAGUUUGUGGACAAUUACAAGGGGGUAAUUCAGAGACUGACGCUACAGGAGCAUAAAAUGGUUUGGAAUCGAACAACCCAUCUCUGGAACGACUAUGAAAAGAUCAUUCACCAGAGAACCAACACAACUGCCUUUGACUUGGUGCCUCAUGAUGAGUCAGGUGGUGUGGCAGUAAGGGUAAUGAAGCCCAUGGAUGCUGCAGAAAUCAGCUUGGAGACGGUGUAUGAGAAGUUUCACCCUUCUAUCCAGUCCUUCACAGAUGUGAUUGGCCAUUACAUUAGUGGCGAACGUCCCAAAGGCAUCCAGGAAACGGAAGAGAUGCUGAAGAUCGGAGCAACAUUAACAGGGGUGGGAGAGCUGGUCCUUGACAACAGCCUUAUCAAGCUGCAACCCCCCAAGCAGGGCAUGCAAUACUAUCUGAGCAGCCUGGGUUUUGAGGCUUUGCUCCAGAAGCAAGAAUCGAGAGUCAGGCUCUGGAAAAUUCUGACAGUCAUUUUCGGUUUCGCCACCUGUGCCACGCUCUUCUUCAUCCUGAGGAAGCAGUACCGGCACCGUCGGGAGAAGCAGCUCCUGCGACAAAUGCAAGAGGAGUUCAGGCAGACCCGGGAGAGGCGUGUGCGGGAAAUGAACUUGGACGGCGGGGAAGGCGUGGAGACUAUCAAAAAUGCCUGUGUCAUCUGUUUGAGUAACAUCAAGUCCUGUGUCUUCCUGGAGUGUGGGCAUGUCUGCUCAUGUGAUGAGUGCUACCAAGCCCUUCCAGAGCCAAAAAAAUGCCCUAUUUGCAGGCAGGACAUCACCCGCGUGGUUCCUUUAUACAACAGUUAAACCUUGGCUGAGCAGCUGUGUGUAAAAUGUUUCUGCUUUUAGGCCGGCAGUUGGCUGGCCUGUCUGACUCCCUGGGCAGCUGCUGUCCCUGGGGCUGAAAUUUUUUGAGGGUAAUAGAGAGCGGGUUGGGAAGCUAGUUGGGUACCCAGAACCCCACAGUAUAUAUUUGACUGAAGAAGAGGCAGAACUAUCCCAGGGGCUAUACUCUACUAGAGAGUAAGUCUUUAGGUAGCUCCAGCUUCAUUGUGGUUGCACUCCAUAGGCUUUCAGGGUGCUUUGUGCGGUCUCCAAAAAUGAGGUUUGCAGUAGCUAUGUUAAUUCCCCCCACCUAUCGUGCUGCCAGUUUCCUGUUGGUUAGGGCUGGGAUCUCCAUAGUCUUGAUUUUUGCAUUUAAGGAUUACUGUCUUGUUAUAACUGGGGCUGCCAUCACUGUGCAGUUUGCUGCACGUUCCAGUGACAGAAGUAUCUGGGGUAAAAAAAAAACGCUUUAAUCAGGAAGAGCUUCAUACAUUAUAGAUGACUGUUGUCAGUAGCAAGGUUCAAGUGAAGCUGUCAGCUAGUUUCACAGCCUGAAUGUAGUGCUAGGGGAUUUUUUUUUUUUAAAAAGGGCUCCUGCAGUGCUUCAUAUGACUUUAAUUUGAUCGAACAGUUACAGUUCUAUUGCUCUCUCCCAAUUCCCCAUCACCGUCACACAAAAUUUUGUGCAGACUCUUAACCUUUCCCUGCAGCCCUGGAAAUUCAUACACAGCUACAUUAUUCUAGCUUGAGAGCCAGAAAGUGAAAAUGGCUAGUCUAGGUUCAGUUGAGUCAGGUGGAAAAAAUAAGAAGUAUCUAUACGGUAAAAAAUAAAUUGGAUGUUGAUUAUUGAAAUGAAUCUGAAGGGCACGUGUUAGUAGUAUGGGCCGGGAAGCUGUUUUCUGACUUGCAUUCUUUUGUUUCGACUGUGUCCCCGUUGAAGCGUGAGCAGAGAUGACAGACUGGCAGAAGUGAUCAAAUUUGAGAGGCGAAUAGAAUCUCUUGUAAUUUUGGGGGUGCGGUUAUGAAAGUCUUUGAAGGCAAGCUCAUAAUAAACAUUGGUACUUUCUACUGCAAAGUGACACCCCCUCCACUUGACAAAAGCAGUAGUAGGAUUAUAUCCUGUAAGAUUCUUGUGUUAUCUUGUACAUAUGUAUUUCUUUUGCCUUCUGUCUGGUCUGACAAGUAAACAGAUUGGCCCAGCAACAUCGUGACAAGACUAUUCUAAAGGAUAAUCUUGAGUGAGAUCAGUUUUCUGAUGUAGUGUAUUUUGAAAUUUACCAUUAUGCCUUUCUUUGCUCCCUCCUUCCCAUUUUAUAAGCCGCACUGAUGAAACAUAAAUCACCCUCAAUAUUACUGGUUAAAGAUUACUGGUAAAAGAAGGGGCGCUCAUCUUCGCGCACUGAAUCCAGCAUAAGGUGAAACAUUGCUGCUACCACACUGCACCUCUUUGUAAUAGUGAUGGUACGAAAUAAAACUUAUCUGCCAAACAGAUUGUGACUCAAUGAAAUGGAGGAGCAACCACAAUUGAUCAAGGUGACACAGAGUUCAGUAUUUCCUUUGAAGGACAUCAAAUCUUCAGUGGGUGGGUUGUUGGAAAUACCUACAUAUAAUUUCAGUGCAUCCAACACCUUCAAUUACUACGUAGGUCCGUAGUAUAAAGAAGAUUGUUUCUUUUUAAACUGUCCUUUUGAGGACAGCAUUUCAUGACAGGUCUAGACAGAUGAUCCUUCUCCUGAAACUCACUUCAGGCAGGUAGAAGGUACUAAUUUAUGUAACGUGAUCUCAUUGACUAACGCUACUGUGUUAGCAAGUUGCAGCAAAGGAGGUUUAGGUUGGAUAUUCAGAAAAGCGCUCUCACUAGGAGGGUGGUGAAGCACUGGAACAAGUUAGUCAGAGAGACUGUGGAAUCUCCAUCCUUGAAGGUUUUUAAGACCCGGCUUGACAUCCAUCCCCGGCUGGGAUGACCUAGUUGGGGCUGGUCCUGCUUUAAGCAGGGGGUUGGACUAGAUGUGACCUCCUGAGGUCCCUGCCAACCCUCAUUUGUUGACCUCAGUGAGGGUUGACCCUCACUGAGCAGAUCAACUUUUCCUGUUAUCUGCCAGUGACCAUCUUCUGUUGGUUGUAAGCCAGGGUUUCUCUCAUAUAUAACAGGAGUCAGUGUUUAAGGGAAUGGAGCUGGUUAGAUUAGUUAGCAAGGGAAGUUGUUGGUUUGAAGUCAAUUAACUUACAAGGAGCUUGUCUUAGGGCUGCUGUGGCUUUCUAGGAGGGUGUCUUCUUUCAUUUUGGUGGGGUUUUGUUUUUGGUUGGGCGACUUGAGGCUUUUACCAGUCAUGUUUUAGUAGUUCAAGUAAUUCUAGUGUCCCUGGUAGGCACAAAUGGAAAAUUCUAAAUAAAAUAAUUGCACGCUG